CUCCCCCUAAUUUGACACGCUCUUUUUCCUGUUGGACACAUUGCUCCGCACGCAUGCGCACGUUGGCCUUUCCCCUAGUUCAAGCUCUACUCGAAUUCAGUGUCCGGUUUCUUGGGGAUGUUGAGUGUAUACUGUGCAGGGAAAGUGACAGUGUGAAACAAAGCAGACUGGGGCGUUGUGCCUCGUGAGCCUCCGUCACCCCGGGCGUUCGUGUCGCGCACCCUGCUGGGAGUUGUAGUCCCGGACCCGGGGGUGUCUGGGAGGCGGGAGAGGGCUUGGGGUUUCUCGGCGCCGAUUCCGCGGGAAGGGCCCGGGGCCUUCCACUUCGAGGCGGGGCGGCUGCGGGUCUCAGCGGAGAGGCGCUGCACGUGGAGCCCGCGCCGCUGCCCUUCUCAGCCGGCUCUGGAGCGGGGCGAGGGCGACGGGGCCGACUCCGGAGCGGGACUAAGCUCUUGAAAUACUUCAACCAUGACUAAGAGAGAAGCAGAAGAGUUGAUAGAAAUUGAGAUUGAUGGGACUGAGAAACCAGAGUGCACAGAAGAAAGCAUUGUAGAACAAACCUACACCCCAGCCGAAUGUGUAAGCCAGGCCAUAGACAUCAAUGAACCAAUUGGCAAUUUAAAAAAACUACUAGAACCAAGACUACAGUGUUCCUUGGAUGCUCAUGAAAUUUGCCUGCAAGAUAUUCAGCUGGAUCCAGAAAGAAGUUUAUUUGACCAAGGAGUAAAGACAGAUGGAACUGUACAACUUAGUGUACAGGUAAUUUCUUACCAAGGGAUUGAGCCAAAGCUAAACAUCCUGGAAAUUGUGAAAACUGCAGAAACUGUUGAAGUAGUUAUUGAUCCAGAUGCGCAUCAUGCUGAAGCAGAAGCACAUCUUGUGGAAGAAGCUCAAGUGAUAACUCUUGAUGGUACAAAACACAUCACAACCAUUUCAGAUGAAACCUCAGAGCAAGUGACUAGAUGGGCUGCCGCACUGGAAGGUUAUAGGAAAGAACAAGAACGCCUUGGGAUACCCUAUGAUCCCAUACAGUGGUCCACAGACCAAGUCCUGCAUUGGGUGGUUUGGGUAAUGAAGGAGUUCAGCAUGACUGAUAUAGACCUCACCACCCUCAACAUUUCGGGAAGAGAAUUAUGUAGUCUCAACCAAGAAGAUUUCUUUCAAAGAGUACCACGGGGAGAAAUUCUCUGGAGUCAUCUGGAGCUUCUUCGAAAAUAUGUGUUGGCAAGCCAAGAACAACAGAUGAAUGAGAUAGUUACAAUCGAUCAACCUGUGCAAAUUAUUCCGGCAUCAGUGCAGUCUGCUACACCAACUACCAUUAAAGUUAUAAAUAGUAGUGCAAAGGCAGCUAAAGUACAAAGAGCUCCAAGGAUUUCAGGAGAAGAUAGAAGCUCACCUGGGAACAGAACAGGAAAUAAUGGCCAAAUCCAACUAUGGCAGUUUUUGUUAGAACUUCUUACUGACAAGGAUGCUCGAGACUGUAUCUCUUGGGUUGGUGAUGAAGGCGAGUUUAAGCUAAACCAGCCUGAACUGGUUGCACAAAAAUGGGGACAACGCAAAAAUAAGCCUACAAUGAACUAUGAGAAACUCAGUCGUGCAUUAAGGUAUUACUAUGAUGGGGACAUGAUUUGUAAAGUUCAAGGCAAGAGAUUUGUGUACAAGUUUGUCUGUGACUUGAAAACUCUUAUUGGGUACAGUGCUGCAGAAUUGAACCGCUUGGUCACAGAAUGUGAACAGAAGAAACUUGCAAAGAUGCAGCUGCAUGGAAUUGCCCAGCCAGUCACAGCAGUCGCCCUGGCCACUGCUUCGCUACAAACCGAAAAGGAUAAUUGAGGUCCAGGGGCUUGUGGGGAUCUAAGGUCUUUCUUAAAUAUUAGAGCAAGCAUUGCUCUUAACCUUUGUUACUGAAUUUGAAUCUUCUUUUAUUUCUAGACUGUACAAUCUGAUGCAUGAUUUUUUAUAAAUAUUUCAUACUCUUGUGAAUUUGGAUCUUUUUACUUUGAGCAUAUAUUUUAGCAUAUGUGUAUCUUAAAGGGUCACCACAAUGUCUGCAGUGUGGAAGCGGCUUCAUUGUGGGAUAGUUAAACAGUCAGGAAAGCUAAACUGGUCAGUAUUAAUGUCUAGCCCUACCAAAAACAGCCAGUAGCAUCUGAAGGUGAAAGAUAAAUGAAGUAUCCCGGGAAACAGUCUGGCUUAGCUAUUUUUAAAAUGUAACUGUUUCCCUUUUCUGCUGCUUUAGAUGUUGCUUUACAUAGAACCAGAAAAUGGAAUUUCUCAGCUAAAGCAUGUGUGCCUGUUGCAUCUAAUCAAGCAGAGCUAAAAUGUUCAUCUCAAAUAAAUUUAUAAUACUAAUAAACUACUAAACUAAGAGUAUCAGGUUACUAAGGUAAUUUAUAUAUUUGAAAAUAAAGGACAGUAAAAAGUUGACUAGCAAAGGAGCAGUGCUAAAGAGCUAUAUCCAGGUUUAAAUCUGGCUUAACUCAAGCCAGUGCUAAGGGUUGUCUAUAGAUUAUUCAUUAUGUCAGGCCAAGGAUUUAAAUUAUUUUGAGAGGCAUUUAAUUCAAAUAAACCAACUAUUACAAAAAUUCUAAAAUGAUCUCUGUUUUUCGUGUCAGAGAUUUAAAAAAAUUGAAAAGUUUACCUCAGCCAUAAAAUAAAAGUUUUUUGACUUGGUAUGACUUCCUUUUUUUUUUUUUUACAUUAGUCUAUGGUGCCUGUUUAUUGUGCAAAACAACUUAUAUAUCCUUGUGUUUCUGAUGAAAUGACUUUAAAUCAGACAGCAGUACUUUCAAGAUGUUAGUAAAUUACUCGCAAAUAAGUAUAAAAGGAAAAAUUUGACCUUUUUAGGCAGUCUACUCUUUAAAAUAAAACUUCCUGCUUAUUUUUCCUUUUGAAUAUUAUAUAUGUAUGUAUAUACAGAUACAUACAUGUCCAGUUGAUUACUUUAUACAUACACAUUAUGUAUAAAGACCUAUAUUCAAAGGGGUAUUAAAUAAUUUAUUUUAAAAAUCUUUAAAAUUAAGUAAUUCUUAUAUGAAAUUCCUUACUAAGAGCUAACCCUAAGUAGACAUGGCUACAGAGUAUAUCCUUUUCUUUUCAUUGUGUGUUUCAAGGUGUUAUGCAUGAAUCAUGAUACGAGACUGGCAAAUGGCUCUUCUAAGCAGAAGGUUGUUUCUCAAGUGCUACCUUCCCUGCGCAUCUUCGCCUUCCUCAUUUCCUUUAAAUUCAUCCCCCAAAACUGGUUUAUGAGAGCUCAGCUGUAUAGGAGCUUAGUUAAUGCUGUUGACUAGGAGGAAACAACCAUGGUGUACAGGCCAGGUGGUGCUACCAAAAUAUUAAGUAGGGAUUUGGAAUGAGUUCGAGGAGGCAGGCAUGCUAAGGACAAGGAGGAAGGCGCUCUGAUCUCCUUUCUGGUAACUUAAGUCACAAUUUUAAAUGCUGUGCUAAAGGAUUAUAGCAUGUAUUGUUAGUUCAUUUGUACUAUAUUAAGUUCUUUAAUAUUCUGCCGUACAUACCUAAAAAGAAUAACGUUUAUAUCUUUUGUUUUUACUUUUUUAUAAACAGACAGUAGACUGACAAAUUACUAGUACAGUUUGGACACUGAUUUUAAGAAUAUCUGAGUAGAAUGACAAUAUGAAAUAAUAUAUUUUAGAAGUCCUAACUGCAGAUAACAAAUAGGAAUCGAUAACUAAGGUUUUGUGCCAUCUUCUGACAGCCUGGGAAGUUCACCUAAAUAAAGUUUAUUUUAAAAAUA